AUGGUGAAUGAAAAGGAACGUCCCCGUAUUCGGGCAUGUCUGUUUGACAUGGAUGGCUUGCUCAUCGACUCUGAAGACAAGUACACCCAGAUCACAAAUGAGGUGCUUCAAAUGUAUGGCAAGCCCACUCUUCCCUGGUCCAUUAAGGCACAGCUCCAAGGCCGCCCGCAGCCUGAGGCUAGCAAAAUCUUCCAUGACUGGGCUCAGCUGCCUAUCACACCUGAAGAAACCGCGGUUAAACAGGCUUCCCUCCAGGCCAAGUACUUCCCGCAGUGCCAGGCACUUCCCGGGGUCCCUAAUCUCUUGGCAUCUCUUGUGUCGACACAGUCUACCGACCAGCCAGUUCAUAUCGCAUUGGCAACCUCCUCGCACAGUAAGAAUUUCAAGCUGAAGACCCAACACAUGCGGGAUCUGUUUGCCGCAUUUCCUGAGGUUCACCGGGUUCUCGGUGAUGAUCCCCGUAUUGGCAAGGGUCGUGGCAAACCGCUGCCGGAUAUUUACUUGCUGGCUCUGGAAACCAUUAACGCGGACUUGCGCAGCAAGGGCCAAACAGAGGUCAAGCCGGAAGAGUGCCUUGUAUUUGAGGAUGCAGUUCCUGGCGUCGAGGCCGGGCGUCGUGCAGGCAUGCAAGUUGUCUGGUGCCCUCAUCCUGGUCUCCUAGAGACCUAUAAGGGCCGCGAGGAUGAAGUUCUCGCUGGUCGGACGGGCGAGCACAAGGAAGAGGAGAAGUCUGCUCCUGAAAAGGAGGCCGAAGAGCUACAAGCUUGGCGUAUCAAUGGGGCCGGAAAGCCUGGCGACAUUGGAGAUGGAUUCGGUCAGAUUCUCAAGACACUAGAAAACUUCCCUUAUGAGCGUUACGGAAUUCGUCUACCCUGA